CAUGUGAAGCGACGUCGUCAAAGAUGACGACGAUGACGCCAACCCUGGCCUGAUUGAAGGAGUUGGCCUCCUCAAACACGUCCAGCGUGAUUUUGUUGGUAGCAAUGCCGUGUUAGCUUUUGAAUGUUUCUUCCUUAGUGUCUUCCAUGAGAGAAGAGUUACUAUGUCGGUGUGGGGAUAUUUUCCCCAUUCUUAGCUCGAUCAUGGUGGAUUAGCUUGAUCUUGUGUCCAUUUCCGUGUUCGUUCCCAUCAUGAGUUGGGUGAGCUCUUGUUUGGGUUGUGCCAAAAGGAAAGAGCCUGAGGUCUCCGAACUGGAUUUUGCCCACUGCUCCUUGGAUAAUGUGCCCACUGAUAUUUUUGCUUUCGAAAGGACAUUGGAGAAGCUAUGCUUGGAUUAUAACAAUAUUAGAGACUUGCCUCGACAAUUGUUUCAAUGUCAAGAGCUGAAAGAGUUGAGUGUAUGUGACAACGACGUGCAUCUCCUACCUUCGGCAUUGGCCAGUUUGGGCCACUUGGUGCGCCUCAAUGUGUCCAAGAAUGUACUCACCGACAUUCCGGAGACUAUCAAACAAUUGAAAUGUCUGGAAGUGCUCGAUGUGAGUGUGAAUCCACUUCAAAAGGUGCCUGAGGGGUGCACGCAACUGCUGAAUAUUGCCGAACUUUAUCUGAACGACACGUUUCUCGAGUUCUUGCCCGCCAACUUUGGACGCCUAGUCAAACUUAAGAUUCUGGAGCUCCGAGAAAAUAACCUCACCUCUCUACCCAAGUCUUUGUCCAGGUUGGAGUGUUUGGAGAGAUUGGACGUUGGCCAGAAUGAUAUUGUGGAAUUGCCCGAUGUGAUUGGCUCCUUGGUUACUCUCAAGGAGCUUUGGGUGGACGCCAAUCGAAUCCAAGUGAUUCCUGCUUUUAUCGGACAGCUGAAGAAACUUCAUCAUCUCGAGGCAUCCUUCAACAACCUGGAAAAUAUCUCUGAGGAGAUUGGCCAGUGUCAAGAUUUGGUCCACUUGUCUCUCUCCACGAAUGAUCUCAAGUUCCUCCCUCAUCAAAUCGGAAGAUGUGAGCGUCUGAUCACGCUCAAAGUAGACGAUAAUCAAUUGGAAUCCGUGCCGCAAUCUGUAGGACAAUUGUGUCUCUUAGAGGAGCUCGUUGUCAGUCAAAACUACUUGGAAAACAUCCCCAGUUCAAUUGGUCUGUGUCGAAACCUUCACACAUUGAACAUUGACGACAAUGAUGUGGAGUACUUACCCAAAGAAUUGGGAUCUUGUGUGUCCUUGAAGAUUCUUAGUGCCCACGGAAAUAGGCUGACCACCCUGCCCGCCGAAUUGGACCAUAUUGCUGGUCUCUCUGUGAUUAAUCUGACGGCGAAUAUGAUUCAAAAUCUGCCGGUGUCAUUUAUGAAGCUUCGACGAAUCACAGCCUUGUGGUUGUCGGAGAAUCAGACCAAGCCCCUAGUUCAAUUGAAUCAAGACACAGACCCUGAGACUGGGCAAAGAGUUUUGACGAAUUUUCUUUUGCCGCAAAUGCCUGAGGCUGACAACGGAACUAACCUCGACGCUGUGUCCGAUAGUGGGUCGUUUCAUGCGUCUGUUUGGGAAGAGGAGCGCCAACGGAAGUCUCAUGUGAAGUGGGCGGGAGAAGCAGACUUGUCUGUGAUUGAAGAACCCGAGACCGAUGACAAAGGUGGUGGACACCUUAGACGAGAGCCAACACCAUUUCCGAAGGAAAUGCGGGCCAUGGCCAAGCGGGUUCAGGCCCUUCGAGCCAAGGAGUCGCAUCCGAAUUCUCUUCACCAGACGCACUCUCCGAGUCCUGUUUGUCAGGGAGAGAGGAAGCGAGAACGAAGACCAUCGAGUUCAUCCUCCACAGACCACCCCAGCAAUGACAGAGACGUUCCGAUUCUGAUUCGGGAAGCCAAAGUGACUAAACCGCAAGCUGCCAAUUCCCUGCCCAAUGGAUACCACGGAGAAACGCCCAAGCGAAUUGAAAAGGACGGGAAGCAAUUUCAAGAUCUAGAACGCUCCGUCCAUGUGUCCAACGACUUGAACUCUACCGCAUCUCCGCAGAUUGGUCCUCACUCUGGUCCAGCCUAUAAGCUGAAGAUUUCCUCGGAAGGGGGAAGUCGCGAUAGCGGCGUGGCCACGCCUAGCGACGGGUCGCUCACGUCUCCCGAUUCUGAUCAAUGUCAUAGAAACCCCUCCGAUCCCUUGCCACAGAGACCGGAGGGUCUACAACAAUCUAAGCAGGCUGAUAGUAACAGGGCUGUCCGACGCCCCAUCCCACCUCCCUACCACAUUGCCGCUGCUUUAUCCAAAAGAGCUGGUGAUUUUCAAGGAUCCUCUUUGGCUUCACUUCAAAUUCAGAGCACCAAUAGCGCGAGUGACACCAACAGUGUGAGUGAAUCGGAGGUCUCUACCACUGCUUCCAGUUUACAAACUAUAGUACGGGCGCCGACUAAGAUGUCCUUUGACGGGGACAAUUCGUCGGCCAAUAAACGCCUGAAUUUGAGCUUCCAAGAGACCACCUCAAAAGCCUACCAAAACGAUGCUCAUGCCCUUCAGUUGCGCAAAGUCUCGGAGCAACUUUUGGCGAAUCCUCGGACUCGCCAAAGUGUGACUGGUUCUUCUCUAAUUCAUAGCGGCUCCUCCAGACCUGGAUCUUUCGCUAGCCCUUCGGGAGCAACGCCCAUAUCUAUGCUCCCGUACUCCCGCUCCAAUAGUCAGAUGGGUUUUGGUUCCGCCCCCAUGACGUCCGUGGCCAGCAACGGUUUCGCUCCAUCUCUAUUGCCCCGACCUCCUAACGGGUCAGGGGAUCAGUCGACCAAUGGUUUACUGACCACCAUUGAACAAGCCACCAUUUCCGAUGGCGAGGGAGACAGUGACGCCGCCUCUUUCGAGCAGCCUAACUAUGAAAACGUCUCCACUCCCAAGUACCAAAUCGCUUCAGCCACGCGAACCGAAAUCACCCGGAUGAACGGUCAUGUCUCCAAGGGCGAUCGCCUCUCAACCAGCCAAUUUGUCAUGAGCCCCAACGGGCACGGAUUCAAUACAUUGUUACCGGAGUCUAAUGAAGAUAAUACUUACAUCCCAAUGAUGGCCCCAAAAUAUGCGGCGAAUCCGCCUCAAUCUCGAGGGGUUCCUCUUCAUCGAGGGAUGCGGGAAGGCCUUGUGCCCAAUGGACACGUGACCAAUAACGGUCCUGUCCUCCCGGAUGUUUUUGGAAAUAGCUCAACUUCGACGACUCCUUCUUGAACAAAGAUGAUGUGCCAAGAUCCCACAAGAUCCAAAGUUCCCGUUAGAAUUUGUGAAAUACCCCGUCAAUGGGAGCGCGGCUCCAACCACUGGCAAUCAAAAACGUGCAAUACUGUGAUGAUGAAUAGUACUCAUAACUUGUUUCCAACUACUUUGCCUCUAAAAUUUGUUUGAUUUUCUUUUGUUCCCAAGCUCAAUGGAAUGAAAUAUAUUUUUGAAAGUG